AUGACUGUCGCACUGAAUCGACCGUCCAUAGCGGAUCCACGGCAACCUGGGGCCGCCUAUCGGGGCUACGGGCCUACAUUCGUGGAAAUGAUUGGAACGGACGAUAAGCCAAAGUCGCUCCCUCCUUACUCCGGCCAUCCCCCUCCUUCUAUGCAUCACCGCAUGCACCCUCCCGACGUGGCGCAUAGCGUGCCAAAUGCGCCAGGAGCCUACGAAGCGUCAUGGCGCCCCUACGCACCGCCCUUCGACCAUCACCAUGCAGAGCAGCGCCGAACCUCUGCUGCCCCCCAGCCUCCCUUGCCCUCCCAUCCAUAUCCCGUCAUCCCGAAUCGUGAGCUACCCCAGCUUCCUCCGGAAGGACCGUAUGGUCGACCGAAUGGUCUGCCGGGUCCCAGUCACACCCCGACGGAAGCGCAUCCACCACCACCUUUCCGUCCCAUGAACGGAGCAUCGCACGAUGCGAAUCCUCAUUCCGCACCGCCGCACUCUGCUCCUCCCCAUUCGGCGCCUCCUGAAUACCGAUCGCGGAUGCCAUUCGCGCCCCAGGAACCAAGCAACAACGGAGACCCUCCACCUCCUCCCCAUACGAUGCCUCCGGCCCAGUUUCCGACGCCCGUUCCGCAUAUCUCACACACGCCCGCUCCAUAUGAACCGAGCUUCUACCAAAAUCAAACCUUUGGUAUGCGCCAGCGCAAGGCUGCCCGUGCUCAACAGGCGUGUGAUCAAUGUAGAGCAAGAAAAGCGAAGUGCGAUGAAGGGCGCCCAGCAUGCAGCCAUUGCAAAGAGAACAACUUAAUUUGCGUGUACAAAGAAGUGCCACCCCACAAACAAGAAAAGGCCACCCAACAGAUCCUAGACAAGAUCCAACUACUGGAAGAUAAACUAGAUGAGCGAUUGACGCAUUUCCAGACCGUGCAGAUUGAACAUGGAAUUCAACUGAGUCGGUUCUACAAUGAAGUCGGAUUGAAAGAUACUUCUCGCUCAGUGGCCCCAAAGCCGUCGCUUGACCGCUUGUUGAAGCCGAACACCACAGACCUGGUUGAGGAACCCAAGAGUGGCGAAGCUGCAGAUCCAAAUGAUCCGUCCUCGAACCAGAGUUUUGUGGAGAGGGAAGAUGGUGAACUUUCUAUUCCCGUGGAACAUACGACGGCGGCUCACAAGCUACUUUCUUGGCCCUCAAUCAAGAACCUGCUGUAUCCAAGAGAAUACGAUGAGGACUAUGUGAUGCGACUCGAAGAGCAGCGCGGCAUGAUUCGUGUCUACGGCCGUGGCGAAGGCGAUGACUCGAGUGAAACACUCAUAGCAUCGGCACCAUUAACGAGCACCAGUUCCGGCUCGGGAUGGGAUGGGACCCCCAUUCCCCGAGCCUCACCCAGUAGCCCCUGGACGCAACACUCCCAGCCGCCCGCAUUCCAACAAAAGCUUCAAGACAAGGGUGUUGAUGAGUUUGGCAUUCUGUGGGCUGACCCUGACGCCAUUCGUCUCUAUCAUCGAAGCUAUCUUGAGCACAUUCACAGACUUCAUCCGUUUCUCGACCAGAACCAACUGGAAAACAAGGUUGAGAGCUUUGUGAGGUUAUAUUGCUUACCGAAGACCAGCACGGGCGCAGGGGAUCUGCCACGAGGUGCCAAAAGAAAACGCUCCUGCGAGACCUUACAAGGUGCCGGAUGUGAUGUUCCGACACCCACUGGUGUCAGAACAGAAGGGGCUGGCCGUCGGGUUGAGAAAUCGAUCGAUAAUGCUGUUCUACUUCUUGUUCUAGCUCUGGGAAGCAUCUGUGAAGUGGGCGAACCUGUCCCUGGCCCUGCCACCGACUUCCCCCCGGACUAUCGCAAAGAGUGGAUUCCUGGCCCGCCCACUCGUAAUAUCCUAUCGCCUGCUGGAUCUGACGCUGUCCUGCAAAACCAGACGAGCUUCUAUGCACCGGUAUCAAAUCCUCAUGCUGUCCUGUCCCCAUCAACCAUAGAUGGUCGGAGAAGUACUGGAGCUCGAUCUGCGUCGGCUGGUCGAGAAGUACCGCCCAACAAGAAACCCCGAAACGUGGAUGUUAUUCCCGGCUUGUCUUACUACGCCUACGCAAUUCAGAUCAUGGGUUAUCUUCAAGGUGCCAAUGGUUUGCUACAUGUUCAAGCAGCUCUGCUGGCGGGCCUGUAUGCUGGCCAACUUGCACAUCCGUUCCAGAGCCAUGGAUGGAUUUAUCAAGCCGCCCGAGCCUGUCAAGUCCUUAUCCGAUCGAAACGUUACGACCAGAUGCAGGAUGGCCCAAUGAAAGAUCUCUAUGACUUCGCCUACUGGACAUGCCUACAGCUCGAAAGCGACAUUCUUGCAGAACUGGAUCUCCCAGCCAGUGGCAUUUCCCGAGCAGAAGCGCGUAUUGGCCUGCCUAAGGGGCGCUUCACGCUUGCCUUGCCGAAUGAAAUAUGUGCCCCCAGCACCAUGAUGAUGUUCUUCUAUUCCGCGCAGAUUCAUCUCCGAAAGGUCCUGAACCGCGUUCACACCGAUCUGUACAAAGUUGAAAAACAAGCUCAAGGUGCCCACGGCACGAAUGCUGCCAAUAACAGUAGUGUCGCAGGCUCUGCGAGCGCUGUUAACGCCGCAAUUGCCGCCAUCACGGCUAAUGCUUCUAACUCCACGACAGGCUCUAGCAUGGGAGGCGCUUCAAACAACGGGAACCGAUGGACUUCCAAUGUGCAGGAGAUCCUAAGCAUGAAUCUCGAAUUAUGGCGCAAUAGUCUGCCCGAAGUCAUGAGAUGGAAGGAUGGCGACCCUCCUUCCAAAGAUAUCAACGUUGCUCGCAUGCGGGCUAAAUACUAUGGCGCGCGAUAUAUCAUUCAUCGCCCCCUUUUGUACCAUGCUCUGCACUUUGCUGGACUUCCCGACGCAGCAUUGACGUCGGUGGACUCACCCGCAGGCUCUGUUCUAUCAGGUCCGAAAUCUCAACAGGUCUCGCCAUCCUUGACACACAGCCAGCGGGCUACGAACAUGGCGCGAUUAUCUAGUGAUAUGGGUUUAGCAGGCCAUAGCGCACCUCCCUCAUUCCCGGCGGGAUCGAUGGGUACCAUCGCCUACCGUGAUCUGCCAACCAAGUUACGACGGGCCUGCAAAGUAUGCAUUGAUUCUGCUAUCUUGAGCACUGAGGCCUUUGAUGGAGUGGAGGGUCGCCCGAUCGUGACGAACAUCUUUGGCACUGCUCAUGCGCAGUUUGGCAAUAUGCUUGUAUUAUCAGCGACGUACAUGUCUUGUCUCUCUGAGCUAGUGGACCGGACUGUCCUUGAGAAGCUUCUCAAACGAACGAUCAAAUUCCUUCUGGAGAGUAGGAAUAUCUCACCCACUCUCCGUGCCGACGCACGAAUCUUGACUGAAAUAUAUGAGAAAAUCUUCGGCGAGCCUGCAGCGAGUUUUUCAUCCGCCUACAGCUGA